AUGACCGAUCAAUAUCUUGCAUCAUUAAUUGAUUCAACAAGAAGUAUAUCUUUUGAUUCUGGUACACUUCUGACAAGUUCGGCUAUAAAUGCAUUACAUUUUCCUGGUCUUUCAACAUCGGGAAUAUCUGAUUCAGGUGGUAAUCGUCGAGCAAGUCUUCUUCUCGAUGGUAUUGGCAUGUGUGAAUCAAUGACUGAAAGUUUCUGUUCAACAGGUGGUCAAGAUGAUACAAUGAUAAUUAAUACUUCAAACAUUCUUCAAUCAGAUUCAUCUAUGAUAAAUAAUUUGAAACUUGAACGAAAAGAUUCAACUGCACAAAGAAAACGACGUUCACGUAAAUCACAAUUCGAUGCAUCAGUAGAUGGUACACCACUUGAUAAAAUCGAAACUGUUGCUUUAAUUGAUGAACAAAAUGAACCCGAUGAUGUUUGGUUAUUUGAAGUACCAAAAGAUGGACAAAAUAAUGGUCAAACAACUGAUAAUAUAUUUUCUUGGGUACAUAAAGAAUUUAAAACAAAUGAUAUUAAUGCCAGUAAACAUCGUCUUCUUUGUAAACUUGAUGAUAUGUCGCAUGCACGAACAAUAAGAAGUGUAUCAUGUCAUAAUUUUGCUGAUAGUCAAAGAUUGGAUGCUGUAAAAAAAAGUUCAACUGAACAACAAGUUACUUCAGAACCCGUUAAAACUGGUCGAUUAAGUUCACCAAUACGUAUAUUAAAUAUGAAUCCACGACCAACAUUAUCUGUUAAUUUAUCACCACUCCAACCUGUUAUAACAAUUGCAAAUGCAAGUGAAAAUAAUCAUACUGUAAAAUCAAGAGAAGUUUCAAGAGAACGAGAAAAAGAACCACCAAUGGAUUAUACAGAUCUUGAAGUUAUGGCUAAAUUACAACUGGAAAAUUUACGUCAGGCAGAACAACAAGGUCCAUUAUCUAAACGUUUUGGCGGUUCUAAUGUUUCUCUUGCAUCAACAGGCAGUGGUACAAGUGUAUCUAUCUCAAAUCGAACAGGAACUAAACCACCGGUUGCACCAAAACCUACAAUAACAAAAAAUGGUGUUAAAUUAAGUCAAUAUUCUCGAUCGAAUACACAAACAAUUACAACGAAUAAAUCUAAUGAAUAUGAUGUCCCAGUUAUUACUGAACCCAAAUUAUUAUCAGCACGUGCUAGUGUUUUACCACCAAAUUCAGCUAAUAAUAAUCGUACACGUCCACCAAUAGCUCGACCAAUUCAAGCAUAUCGUGGUUCACAAACAUCUUAUAUAAAUAAUGUUAAAGUUCAAAACGCAUCAACAUCUGUUCAAAGAAAUGGUAGAAAACCAAUUACUGAUUUUAGUUCAACAUAUACAACAAAAGCAUUUCCACCAAAUGAAAAUGGUUUACUUAAUGAUGUAAGUAAUAAACCAUUAACAGCACCACUACGAUCUCAAUUGGGACCACAACGACGUACAAUAAUACCACAAUCAUCGUCUACAUAUUCAUCUGUUGAACAGAUUCUACCAUCAUCAUCAGUUAAUUUACCAACAAAUAGACAAGCAACUGUUACACGUAGUUCAUCAUCAUUAAGUCAAGGAAGAAAAAGUGGAAUACCAACAGUUGGAAAACCACUAAAACCUUCGACUGCAACUGUACAGCGUCAUCAUUCACUUUCUUCACGACGUACAACGAUGAAUGGAUUUUAA